AUGAAAUAUGAUGCAAUGUAAAAACAUUUUUUUUUUACGGUGGCGGCGCGUCGUGACAUAAAUAACCGUCAAAGACGAAUUGGUGCUUCAACUGGAAUCGAUUUUUGUUCUCAACCAUCGAAUCCAUACGAUCCAUUUAUGCAGCCUCGUGGGGCACCAUCAAGUUUUGGAGGUCUCAAAGAAGAACCAUUAAGAGCUUCAUGGCCAGCAAUGCUUGUUGAUCCCAGUUGUUAUCUUUAUCCAAGUAUUGGUGUGGCUUCAGCACAUUUUGAAAAACAACCACCAAAUAAUUUACGUAAAAGUAAUUUUUUUCAUUUUACAGUAGCACUUUAUGAUCGAAGUGGUAAACCAAUUGAAAUUGAACGUACAGCUUUUGUUGGUUUUGUUGAAAAGGAAAUGGAACCUGAUGGUUUACGUACAAAUAAUGGUAUUCAUUAUCGUCUGAGUCUUUAUUAUCCAGCAAUUAAUUAUCGACAUGAACAAGAUAUUUAUGUUCGUAUGAUUGAUUCUGCAACAAAACAACCAAUUAUUUAUGAAGGUCAAGAUAAAAAUCCUGAAAUGUGUCGUGUUUUAUUAACACAUGAAGUUAUGUGUAGUCGUUGUUGUGACAAAAAAUCAUGUGGUAAUCGUAAUGAAACACCAUCAGAUCCAGUUGUUGUUGAACGGUUUUUCCUUAAAUUUUUUCUCAAAUGUAAUCAAAAUUGUUUAAAAAAUGCUGGUAAUCCACGUGAUAUGCGACGAUUUCAAGUUGUUUUAUCAACAACAAUUGGUCUUGAACCACCAUUAUUGGCUGUAUCAGAAAAUAUGUUUGUUCAUAAUAAUUCAAAACAUGGAAGACGAACAAGACGACUUGAUCCUAUUGACGGAGAAUCACUUAUUCCUACACCAGUUAUAAAACAUAUUCAACCAAAUGAAGGAUGGAUUGUUGGUGGACAAGCUGUACUUAUACUUGGAGAAAAUUUUUUUGAUGGUCUUCAAGUUAUGUUUAAUACAAUGAUUGUUUACAGUGAAAUUUUAACACCAGGAGCUAUUCGUGUACAUACACCAUCACGUCAUAGUCCGGGUGUUGUUGAUGUUACACUUUCAUACAAAGGAAAACAAUUUUGUCGAGAUUGUCCUGGUCGUUUUACAUAUAUAACUAUGCAAGAUCCAACUAUUGAUUAUUCAUUACAACGUUUAUCAAAAUUAAUACCAAAACAUGCCGAUGAUCCAGAUCGAUUACCAAAAGAAAUAAUUCUUAAACGAACAGCUGAUUUACUUGAACAAUGUUAUACAAUGUCAGGCAAUCCACAUCAUUUUGCUUUACCAACACCACCAAGUGAUCAUGAAAAUGAUUCGACAUAUUAUAUGUCAUCAUUAGAAGGUUAUUCACGAAAUCAAACAGCACCUAUGUCACCACGAAGUUAUAGUGCUUAUAGCAAUGCUUAUGGAUCAUCAGCAUCUUCAUAUGGUGUACCAUCACCUGGUUUUCUAAACGUUAAUCAUCAAAAUGGUUUAUCAUUUGUAUGUCAUCAACAACAUGAAAGUGCAUUCAAAUUAUCAUCAUCAAUAAGUCCUAUACAUCAAAAUUGGAAUAAUCUAUUAACAAAUUCCAAUUCAUCAUCAUCAUCAACACGAAUGACUAAUCUUAUGUCAUCAGCAUUUAGUAGUAUUGGUCCAUUUGGUACAUUGAGUUCAGCAUCAUCAGCACUUAGUUCAUCAAAUGCAGUUACACCUUAUGGACCAACUCCAACUAAUAAAUAA